AUGAUGUUCAUUUGGUGGUUCCUGGCACUGCUGCUGGGAUCUGUUGAGAUAUAUAGAGGUAUGGUGACCUUACACACACACACAUAUACACUUGAUUAAGUGCACUUUAACUGUGUCACACAUAGGGUGGGGAUAUCAAAUAAUAGCCCCCCAGCUAUUGGCAGACCAUUUGGAAACUUUAAAGCAUCACAUAAAUAGGCUGUGUAAGCAGUCACUUAAAGGAAAGACUGCUUAUGUUACUUCCCAAUCAGCAAUGACAGUGAUUUCUCCUUUCUGACUCUCUUUCCCCUUGAAUAACCCUGUCUCCAGCACAUGAAUGUGAUGUGUUCACUUAUCUGAACCUUCAUCACGCUAUCAUUGGAACCAGUCUGUAUGUGAAGCUGUUACUGUACACCAGAGCUAAUCUGACCUGUGGUCAGGAGCUGUCCCACCAUAACCUGUCAGCCCAGCCCCAGUUCAACCUCACCAAGCCCACCACUUUUAUCGUUCAUGGCUACCAUCCUACGGGCGCUCCGCCCAACUGGAUGAAUAUCAUGAUAGAGCAGCUGCUGGCCCGCGGAGACAUGAAUGUCCUGGUGGUGGACUGGAACCGCGGAGCUGCCAAUAUCAACUACCUGAAAGUUGUGGCCUACACACGAGAUACAGCGGACAACCUCGCUGCCUUCAUCCAAAACAUGCAGGUAAGAAUGGGUGCUUAGUCUGAAUACCUGACAUAUUUGAUAAGGGCCAAACGUAUUACUUUGUACUAACAGUGUAGUAUCUAUUUUGCCUGUUUUGUCUGUGUCAGGAGAAUGGUGCCUCUCUUAGUUCCAUCCAUAUGAUUGGGGUCAGUCUAGGAGCUCACAUCACAGGCUUUGUUGGAGCCAAGUUCAAUGGCAAAAUUGGAAGGAUCACAGGUUAGAAUCAACAGAAUAGAUUUUCUGUUUCUUCUUAGUCAUUUAUAUUAUGGAUACUGACAUUUUAUUAUACCCACAUUUAUCCUGUAAAUGUACAGAUGUAGGCCGUCAUUGAAAAUAAGAAUUUGUUCUUAACUGACUUGCCUAGUUAAAUAAAGGUAACAUUUAAAAAAAUGUAGGAUCUUAAUUUGAGCCAGUUUGCUACAGCAGGAAAAAUAAUCCUGCAGCAACAGGAAAUGUGAAUUAUUAUGUGGAUUAUAAUUAAUGGACAUUUUUUGUAGGGGUUGAUACAUUUCUCGUUAGGGCAAAACAAGUCUGACAUUUUAAAGUGGAAAUUACAAACUUUAGAAGGCUUUUUAAACCUUUACAUGUAUCCUAUACAUGUACAGAUGUAGGAGCUUAAUUUGAGCCAGUUUGCUACAGCAGGAAAAUAAUCCUGCAGCAACAGGAAAUGUUAAUUAUUAUGUGGAUCAUAAUUAAUGGCAUUUUUUUGUAGGGGUUGAUACAUUUCUCGUUAGGGCAAAACAAGUCUGACAUUUUAAAGUGGAAAUUACAGACUUUAGAAGGCUUUUUAAACCUUGAAUACACUACAAGUUUGAUCAAAUUAACAUCCUACAUCUGUACUGAUCUGAUGUUGACCUGAUCAGCUCUAGAUCCAGCGGGGCCUCAGUUCAAUGGGAAACCCCCAGAGGAUCGUCUGGACCCUACAGAUGCACAGUUUGUGGACGUUGUGCACACAGACAUGGACGGUAUGUGCCUCUGCUUGCCUGUUUGGUUUACGACAAUGGGAAUCAUGUAGUCAUGUGAUGUGUUUCCUGUUCUGUCACGUAUUCAUUGUGCGUUACCAGCAUUUGGUUUCAGGAAGCCUUUGGGCCACAUUGAUUUCUAUGCUAAUGGUGGAGCCGACCAGCCUGGCUGUCCACUGACCAUCUUCUCAGGUAAGUCGCUUAGUAAGAGCCCGUCCUUCAAAUGAUAUAUGUGUAUCACAUAGUUUAUUCCUGUAAUGGUAAAUACAUCACUGAUGUCCUAGGUCCAUCCUCAGUUCUCCCCUUCCUACUCUCCCAGGGUCUGGCUAUUUUAAGUGUGACCACCAGAGAUCAGUGCUCCUCUAUCUGGGUUCCCUGAACCGGACCUGUAACAUCAGGGCCUUCCCCUGCACCUCCUACACUGACUUCCUGGACGGACUUUGCAUGGACUGUGAUCAAUUCAAACCUGCCGGAUGCCCUGUAUUUGGUGGGCACUCUAACUCCCAUUAGAUUCAUGAGUUUCAUCUCAUUAAAAGCUUUUUUUAAUCACAUACACUACCGGUCAAAAGUUUUAGAACACCAAGUCAUUCAAGGGUUUUUCUUUAUUUUUACUAUUUUCUACAUUGUAGAAUAAUAGUGAAGACAUCAGAACUAUGAAAUAACACAUAUGGAAUCAUGUAGUAACCAAAAAAGUGUCUUUGCCUUGAUGACAGCUUUGCACACUCUUGGCAUUCUGAGGUGUGACCCAGGUGCGGUGCAGGAUAUACAGUAGGCCGUAGGCAGAGAUGGUGAAACAAGGAUCUUUACUGGUGGUCCCGAAGCCAAAAUUCAAAAUAACGGACUUAUCACGAUAAAAGAAAGGCGGAGCAAAUAAGUCUCCAAAAACCGGCUGACAGCCAAAAUACAAAAUCCUACCAACGACUUAAACAAAUAAUGAAACAGGGAGAACACUUCUCAAGUACCUGUACAUAGGUCUCCGAUCAGACACUGAGUAGUACUGCUGGACAUACAGAAACGAACAGAGAAAACUGAGCAAGGGAACACAGGACAUAAAUACACAGGUGAACAGGUAGACACAGGUGACACCAAUAGGAUACUGAUUAGUCCAGACUGUGAGUGAGGAGGUGCCUAAGGUUGUCGGAGGAUGACACCUAGUGGGUCGCUCCGGAACUGCGACCCCUUCCUGUAAUACAACCAGCUUCACCUGGAAUGCUUUUCCAACAGUCUUGAAGGAGUUCCCACAUAUGCUGAGCAAUUGUUGGCUGCUUUUCCUUCACUCUGCGGUCCAACUCAUCCCAAACCAUCUCAAUUGGGUUGAGGUUGGGUGAUUGUGGAGGCCAGGUCAUCUGAUGCAGCACUCCAUCACUCUCCUUCUUGGUCAAAUAGCCCUUACACAGCCUGAAGGUGUGUUGGGUCAUUGUCCUGUUGAAAAACAAAUGAUAGUCCCGAGUGGCGCAGUGGUCUAAGGCACUGCAUCUCAGUGCUUGAGGCGUCACUACAGACCCCCUGGUUCGAUUCCAGGCUGUAUCACAACCGGCCGUGAUUGGGAGUCCCAUAGGGCGGCGCACAAUUGGCCCAGCGUCGUCCGGGUUUGGCCGGUGUAGGCCAUCAUUGUAAAUAAGAAUUUGUUCUUAACUGACUUGCCUAGUUAAAUAAAGGUAAAAAUAAAAUAAGCCCAAACCAGAUGGGAUGGCGUAUCGCUGAAGAAUGCUGUGGUAGCCAUGCUGGUUAAGUGUGCCUUGAAUUCUAAAUAAAUCACUGACAGUGUCACCAGCAAAGCACCCCCACACUAUAACACCUCCUCCUCCAUGCUUUAUGGUGGCAAAUACACAUGCGGAGAUCAUCCGUUCACUCACACCGCGUCUCACAAAGACACGGCGGGGUUGGAACCAAAUAUCUCCAAUUUGGACUCCAGACCAAAGGACAAAUUUCCACCGGUCUAAAUGUCCAUUGCUCGUGUUUCUUGGCCCAAGCAAGUCUCUUAUUCUUAUUGGUGUCCUUUAGUAGUGGUUUCUUUGCAGCAAUUCAACCAUGAAGGCCUGAUCCAUACAGUCUCCUCUGAAUAGUUGAUGUUGAGAUGUGUCUGUUACUUGAACUCUGUGAAGCAUUUAUUUGGGCUGCAAUUUCUGAGGCUGGUAACUCUAAUGAACUUAUCCUCUGCAACAGAGGUAACUCUGGGUCUUCUAUUCCUGUGGCGGUCCUCAUGAGAGCCAGUUUCACAGUUUCAUCAUAGCACUUGAUGGUUUUUGCAACUACACUUGAAGAAACGUUCAAAGUUCUUGACAUUUUCCAGAUUGACUGACCUUCAUGUCUUAAAGUAAUGAUGGACUGUCAUUUGUCUUUGCUUAUUUUAGCUGUUUUUGCCAUAAUAUGGACUUGGUCUUUUACCAAAUAGGGCUAUCUUCUGUAUACCCACCACCCCUACCUUGUCACAACACAACUGAUUGGCUCAAACGCAUUAAGAAGGAAAGACAUUCCAUAAAUUAACUUUUAAGAAGGCACACUUGUUAAUUGAAAUGCAUUCCAGGUGACUACCUCAUGAAGCUGGUUGAGAGAAUGCCAAGAGUGUGCAAAGCUGUCAUCAAGGCAAAGGGUGGCUAUUUGAAGAAUCUCAAAUAUAAAAUAUGUUUUGAUUUGUUUAACACUUUUUUGGUUACUACAUGAUUCCAUAUGUGUUAUUUCAUAGUUUUGAUGUCUUCACUAUUAUUCUACAAUGUAGAAAAUAGUAAAAAUAAAGAAAAACCCUUGAAUGAGUAGGUGUUUAAAACUUUUGACUGGUAGUGUACGUAAUCACAUAAAGAUGUGAUAGUUUCCCUAAUCGUCAAAAUCAAGGCCUUAAUUAAGCUAAUGUACAUUACUGAAUCACACAUAGGCUGCUUUUCCACAGGCAGCCCAAUUCUGAUAUUUUUUCCCCCACUAAUUGCUCUUUUGACCAAUCACAUCAGAUCUUUUUCAGAGAUACCUGUCUAAUCGCAACCAUAGUUCUUCAAUCUAUUUUUUGGAAGGCAGUGUCCCUUCAAGUAGACAUAACAUGGCUGUUUUAUCUGUUGUUUCAGGUUAUGAUAUCAUAGAGUGGAAAAACUCUCUGGUGCCUCUGCGGCAAACCAAGGCUUUCUUCACCACCAAUAAACAGACUCCAUACUGCAGUAAGUGGAUAAUCAUCAGCUUGCACACACAUUUGACCUCUCUAAAGAGAGACUUGCUGGGAAUACUGUUGUACGUAAUGGCCAGUCGUUUUUCUGUGACGGUCUUCCUGGUCUAGCUUUGCAUGCCUGGCUUAUUUUCAAUGAUCAGGCAAAAUGUACAGUAUAGCAAGACUAACAAGAGCUCUGUAAAAGUUGUUAAAAUAUGUUGCUGUGCAUAUUCAUUGAAUGGAAACAUACAGAGAUCUGUAACUACAGUGGCUUGUGAAACUAUUUACCCCCCUUGGCAUUUUUCCUAUUUUGUUGCCUUACAACCUGGAAUUAAAAUAGAUUUUUGGGGGGUUUGUAUCAUUUGAUUUACACAACAUGCCUACCACUUUGAAGAUGCAAAAUAUUUUUUCUUGUGAAACAAACAAGAAAUAAGACAAAAAAACUGAAAACUCGAGCGUGCAUAACUAUUCACCCCCCCCCCAAAGUCAAUACUUUGUAGAGACAACUUUUGCAGCAAUUACAGCUGCAAGUCUCUUGGGGUAUGUCUCUAUAAGCUUAGCACAUCUAGCCACUGGGAUGUUUGCACAUUCUUCAAGGCAAAACUGCUCCAGCUCCUUCAAGUUGGAUGGGUUCUGCUGGUGUACAGCAAUCUUUAAGUCAUAUCACAGAUUCUCAAUUGGAUUAGGCCAUUCCAAGACAUUUAAAUGUUUCCCCUUAAACCACUCGAGUGUUGCUUUAGCAGUAUGCUUAGGGUCAUUGUCCUGCUGGAAGGUGAACCUCUGUCCAAGUCUCAAAUCUCUGGAAGACUGAAACAGGUUUCCCUCAAGAACUUCCCUGUAUUUAGCGCCAUCCAUCAUUCCUUCAAUUCUGACCAGUUUCCCAGUCCCUGCCGAUGAAAAACAUCCCCACAGGAUGAUGCUGCCACCACCAUGCUUCACUGUGGGGAUGGUGUUCUCGGGGUGAUGAGAGGUGUUGGGUUUGCGCCAGACAUAGCGUUUUCCUUGAUGGCCAAAAAGCUCAAUUUUAGUCUCAUCUGACCAGAGUACAUUCUUCCAUAUGCUUGGGGAGUCUUCCACAUGCCUUUUGGCGAACACCAAACGUGUUUGCUUAUUUUUUUUUUAAGCAUUGGCUUUUUUCUGGGCCAGCUCUGUGGAGUGUAAGGCUUAAAGUGGUCCUAUGGACAGAUACUCCAAUCUCCACUGUGGAGCGUUGCAGCUCCUUCAUGGUUAUCUUUGGUCUCUUUGUUGACUCUCCGAUUAAUACCCUCCUUGCCUUUUCUGUGAGUUUUGGUGAGCGGCCCUCUCUUGGCAGGUUUGUUGUGGGACAUAUUCUUUCAAUUUUUUAAUAAUGGAUUUAAUGGUGCUCAGUGGGAUGUUCAAAGUUUCGGAUAUUUUUUUAUAACCCAACCCUGAUCUGUACUUCUCCACAACUUUGUCCCUGACCUGUUUGGAGAGCUCCUUGGUCUUCAUGGUGCCCCUUGCUUAGUGGUGUUGCAGACUCUGGGGCCUUUCAGAACAGGUGUAUACAUUGGUGUGAAAAAUGUUUUUGCCCCCUUCCUGAUUUCUUAUUUGUUUGCAUGUUUGUCACACUUAAAUGUUUCAGAUCAUCAAACAAAUUUAAAUAUUAGUCAAAGAUAACACAAGUAAACACAAAAUGCAGUUUUGAAAUGAAGGUUGUUAUUAUUAAGGGAAAACCAUAUCCAAACCCACAAGUGAUUGCCCCCUACAACCUAAUAACUGGUUGGGCCACCCUUAGCAGCAACAACUGCAAUCAAGCGUUUGCAAUAACUUGCAAUGAGUCUUUUACAGCGCUGUGGAGGAAUUUUGGCCCACUCAUCUUUGCAGAAUUGUUGUAAUUCAGCCACAUUGGAGGGUUUUCGAGCAUGAACUGCCUUUUUAAGGUCAUGCCACAGUAUCUCAAUGGGAUUCAGGUCAGGACUUUGACUAGGCCACUCCAAAGUCUUCAUUUUGUUUUUCUUCAGCCAUUCAGAGGUGGACUUGCUGGUGUGUUUUGGAUCAAUGUCCUGCUGCAGAACCCAAGUUCGCUUCAGCUUGAGGUCACGAACAGAUGGCCGGACAUUCUCCUUCAGGAUUUUUUGGUAGACAGCAAAAUUCAUGGUUCCAUUUAUCACAGCAAGUCUUCCAGGUCCUGAAGCAGCAAAACAGGCCCAGACCAUCACACUACCACCACCAUAUUUUACUGUUUGGUAUGAUCUUUUUCUGAAAUGCGGUGUUACUUUUACGCCAGAUGUAAUGGGACACACACCUUCCAAAAAGUUCAACUUUUGUCUCGUCAGUCCACAGAGUAUUUUCCCAAAGGGUUUGGGGAUCAUCAAGAUGUUUUCUGGCAAAAAUGAGACAAGCCUUAUUAUUUAGUUAUUUUUGCUCAGCAGUGGUUUUCGUCUUGGAACUCUGCCAUGCAGGCCAUUUUUGCCCAGUCUCUUUCUUAUGGUGGAGUCAUGAACACUGACCUUAACUGAGGCAAGUGAGGCCUGCAGCUCUUUGGAUGUUGUUGUGGGGUCCUUUGUGACCUCUUGGAUGAGUCGUCGCUGCGCUCUUGGGGUAAUUUUGGUCGGCCGGCCACUCCUGGGAAGGUUCACCACUGUUCCAUGUUUUCGCCAUUUGUGGAUAAUGGCUCUCAGUGUGGUUCGCUGGAGUCCCAAAGCUUUAGAAAUGGCUUUAUAACCUUUUCCAGACUGAUGGAUCUCAAUUACUUUCUUUCUCAUUUGUUCCUGAAUGUCUUUGGAUCUCGGCAUGAUGUCUAGCUUUUGAGGAUCUUUUGGUCUACUUCACUUUGUCCGGCAGGUCCUAUUUAAGUGAUUCCUUGAUUGAGAACAGGUGUGGCAGUAAUCAGGCCUGGGUGUGGCUAGAGGAAUUGAACUCAGGUGUGAUAAACCACAGUUGAGUUGUGUUAUAACAGGGGGGGGCAAACACUUUUUCACACAGGGCCAUGUAGGUUUGGAUUUUGUUUUCCCUUAAUAAUAACAACCUUCAUUUCAAAACUGCAUUUUGUGUUUACUUGUGUUAUCUUUGACUAAUAUUUACAUUUGUUUGAUGAUCUGAAACAUUUAAGUGUGACAAACAUGCAAACAAAUAACAAAUCAGGAAGUCAAGAUCAUGUGACACUUAGAUUGCACACAAGUGGACUUUAUUUAACUAAUUAUGUGACUUCUGAAGGUAAUUGGUUGCACCAUAUCUUAUUUAGGGGCUUCAUAGCAAAGGGGGUGAAUACAUAUACCACUUUUCCGUUAUUUAUUUUUUAGAAUUUUUUGAAACAAGUUAUUUUUUUCAUUUCACUUCACAAAUCUGGACUAUUUUGUGUAUGUCCAUUACAUGAAAUCCAAAUAAAAAUCCAUUUAAAUUAUAGGUUGUAAUGCAACAAAAUAGGAAAAAUGCCAAGGGGGUUGAAUACUUUUGCAAGGCAUUAUAGGUCAUUGGUCAGAGGAAAUCAAAUUCAUUGAUGUAUUUUCCUCUCUCUCUCUCUCUCACUCUCUCACUCUCUCACUCAGAGACAAACUAUUGGGUGGACAUUGUAACAUGGAACCAUGAUACUCUCUGGGGCUACAUCACCAUCAAACUACACAAUGGUAGUGAGGUGACAGAGGCAACAAUAAACCAGUAGGUAACUAUUUUCUCACUGUAUCAUUCUCAAAACGACACAUACUGUACAUACGGUAUGGAUAGACACUCUGGAGAACCUCAUUAACAUCUCAUAUGCUCUCCUUCUUCAGUAAAGCAUCCAGUUUUAAGAAGUACUCAGAGACCCGAUUACUGGCCCAGUUUGAAAAAGACCUUCAGAAAGUCCACAAGAUCUCAAUCAAAUUCUCCAGGGUGAAUGUAUUUCAACCUAAGUACAAACUACGGGUGCUCCGCAUCCGUCUCACACACCUGGAGCGCGAAGACAGGUCAGUGUUAUGUCACAUCCUCUUUCAGCUAGGACUUCUCUCACUUGUCACCUAUUUUCUACAUGUAACAUCUUUUCUUCUACUUUUCCCUUUCAUGUUGUUGGAAAAUGUUGUUAGCAAUUAUAAUUUGAUUAAAAUUGGAAAUGUUAAAUAGACCUUGUGUUAAGGGAAAUGUAAAUACUGCCGAUGAAAGGGAUCUUUUGGGGUUGAGAGAAGAGUAAAAGGUAUGUUGUUGCAACAGGAAAUUAUACUUAGAUAACGACAUCCUGUGUAUCUGCAGUUCGAGGCAUACUUAGAAAGUGUACAUGUUACACUUAGAAAAGCAGUUUAUGUUACGAAUUUGCGAAACGUACAAUAUGUUAUGAAUUUGCUAAACGUAUGAUAUGUUAACGAAUUCCAAUUUGUUGUGGCUAACGUUAGCUAAGUGGCUAGGUGGCUAACACUAACGCUAGAUCUACGGGUUAGGGUUAAGGUUAGGAGUUAAGUUAAAUGGUUAAGGUUAGGGUUAGGGGAAGGGUUAGCUAACAUGCUAAGUAGUAAGUAGUUGCAAAUUUGCUAAGCAGCUAAACUUGUCUAUGAUGAUUCGAACAUGCCAUCACAUUAUACGUCCAUACAUCCCAACCACCCUCCUUUUGUUUUUGAAUUUUAAGACCCCUUGAAGUAUCCCAAAAAGAUAGAAACAAAUAUUUUAUGAAAAAGUAUUUUUGGCCUUACUGCUAUUAGACCAUACAAACGCAUUGAAUAACAGAUUCACUACAUGGAACAACAGAUAGUCCCCCCAAAAAAUCUAACGGAAGUUUGUUCUGAAGUGUCUGUCCUAUAUCUGAGAGAUAUAAGCAAGAUCAGGAAAUAUUUUAUGUACAUAUUUAACCCCAUUUUUUUUUUUACACUAAACAGUCUAAGCCCUGUCUAAGCCAGGGGGGGAUUUUUUUAAGAAGGUCAUACCAAGGAUAAUUUUGUUAUCUGAUUUUGAAUUUUAAGACCCCUUGAAGUAUAAAAAAAUAACAUUACAAAAUUAUUUGAUGAAAAAUGUUAUUUGGCCUUACUGCUAUUAGCCCAUACAAACACAUUUAAUAACAUAUUCACUACAUGGAACAACAAAUAGUCCCUAUAUCUGAGAGGUAUAAGAAAGAUCAGGAAACACGUUUUUAUUUUGUUUACAUGUGUUUAACCCCUUAUUUUUGUCACUAAACAGUCUCCAUAUAUACUUCCAUAAAUAUUUUUCGACUGCUACCGGGACCUUCAGACAAGUCAAAACAACUGACAUGUACGUGUUCGUGAGAGUGUUGUUCCCAAAUAUUAAUGGUAUUGAGAAUUAUUGGAUUGUCUGUUUUUUUCUUCAACGCCUUGGUCCCAAAGUAGUAAAUAUAUUUUUGAUCAUACAGUAUUACAUUUGUGGCUUCGAUACUCCUCCAUGCACAAGGAUAGUCUGCUGUCCAUUGUUUAAGUGAACGCAGUAAUACAUCUUCAUAUGAGGUAGUCCAAGACCUCCAGCUUUAUAGGAGUAAGUGUAAAACAGUCAAUUUGACUAUUGAGGUUAUAAAUAAAAUAAUAAAUAAAUAAAUAAAGUUGGAGAGCAGGACAUUUAUUCUAUUUAAAAAGUUGGAUGGAAUUGAAACUGGCAAGGCCUGGAAAAAAUACACCAACCUUCGUAAUAUAUUCAUUUUGAUUAUGUUGACCCUACCUAACAUAGAAAUAGGGAGAGAUCUCCAUCACUGAACAUCAGAUUCAUUCCUAUCUAUUAAAGGAGAGUAAUUGAUUUUAUAUGCCUCCUCCAGAUGGCAUGGUAUCAGUACUCCCAGGUAUUUCAUAUGUGUCUUUGUCCAUUUCCGCUUAAAUGUACUUUCUAAGCUUGAGAAGUCAUAAUUGCAAAUGGGUAUUAUUUCAGUUUUCUCCCAAUUCACUUUGAAUCCUGAUACAGCACCGUAUGUGUCCAACAGUAGUAAAAUAAAUGACUCUGUGACUAAAGAAAAUAAAGAACUAGACAAAGGGCAUCCAUGUCUUGUCCCUCUUGAUAACUUAAAUAAUUCAGAGAUCUGACCAUGUGUUCGUAUAGACGCUUUGGGGAAAUUUGUACAAUAGUUCAAUCCAGGAAAUAGAAACCGGACCAAAACCAAGCUUUUUUAAGACAGCCACCAAAUAUGCCCAUUACACCCUAUCGAAUGCUUUUUCAGCAUCUAUUGAUACUGCCACUUUUGAAGCAUUCAAGUUUUUGGUAUGAUGGAUUAUAAAGUUAUAAAAUACGAAUUAUAAAGUACGAAAAUGUAUGCACUCACUACUGUAAGUGUAAGUCUCUCUGGAUAAGAGCGUCUGCUAAAUGACUAAAAUGUAAAUGUAAUUAUAUUGAAAAAACGGCGGCGAUUGUGUGAAAACCCUAUUUGAUCUGAGUGAAUCAACUUUUUAAUUUUUUUUUCUCCUCAAUGAUUUUGUAAUCCACAUUCAAAAGUGAUACUGGGCGGAAGGAUCCGCAUUAUGGGGGAUUGUAGCCAAACAUAGUGACUGGGGAAGUUCAUUUUUCUCUAGAGCUACUGUGAGUAUAAGUAACAUAGGCUAUAGUAAUUUGGGACGAAAGUGUCUAUAAAAUUCCACUGGGAAUCCAUCAUUACCAGGAGAUUUCCCAAUUUGUAGAUUAUUGAUGGCCUCCAACAGUUCAAUAAUAAUAAUAAUGUAGGUAAUGUUUAUAUCCAUAUACAUUAUCUCUGGUUCACUUAUCAUUGGUCAAAUGGCCUUCAGGAAAUUGUCUAUAUCCUCCUUUGAACUUUUGUUUUUCGGCUUGAUACGGUUUGUGAUAGAAUGUUUUCAAGACUGAGUCAAUUUCAGAAGGAUCCAUUGUUAUGCUACCAUCUGGGGUUUGAAUGUUAUACAGUAGAUGGUAUGUUCCUCUUUCUUAAUUUAUUGGAUUUUAUGGCAGCAAUCUGCAGAUCAGGUGUUUAUUGUGUUAUAUUCAAGCUUCAAAAUGUUCAACUGGUGAAGGGUGUCAACAUUUCUAUCUAAACUGCAUUUUCGUUCUGUUGUGGAUUUUCUGUUCUAGUAUUUCUAGUUCUUUAUGGGUCAUCUUUUUCUUAUGUGAAGAGUGUAUGCUUUAUAUGCUUCAUAUAUGCUUUAAGAGCUUCCCAGACAAUAGUUGGGCAUACUUCAUUGUAUACAUUUAUUUCUAAAAACAUGUCUAUCUGUGUUGAGUAACAUUGUGUUGAAUCGUCAUGUUUUUGCGAUUGAGCUUAAGCGUAAAGGACAAUAUUAUCAUCCGUAAUUAUUGUAGUAAGAUCCAGUCCCCUUGACUUUUUUCACAUUUUGUUACAUUACAGUCUUAUAAAAAAAUUAAUUAAAAAAAAAAAAAUCCUCAUCAAUCUACACACAAUAUCCCAUAAUGAAAAAGCGAAAACAGGUUUUUAGAAAUUUUAACAAAUUUAUUAAAAAUAAAAAAACUGAAAUACCUUAUUUACAUAGGUAUUCAGACCCUUUGCUAUGAGACUCGAAAUUGAGCUCAGGUGCAUCCUGUUUCCAUUGAUCAUCCUUGAGAUGUUUCUACAACUUGAUUGGAGUCUACCUGUGGUAAAUUCAAUUUAUUGGACAUGAUUUGGAAAGGCACACUCCUGUCUAUAUCAGCUCCCACAGUUGACAGUGCAUGUCCGAGCAAAAACCAAGCCGAGCUCCGAGACAGGAUUGUGUCGAGGCACAGAUGUGGGGAAGUGUACCAAAAAAUGUCUGCAGCAUUGAAGGUCCCCAAAAAGACAGUGGCUUCCAUCAUUCUUAAAUGGAAGAAGUUUGGAACCACCAAGACUCUUCCUAGAGCUGGCCGCCUGGCCAAAUUGAGCAAGCGUGGGAGAAGGGCCUUGGUCAGGGAGGUGACCAAGAACCUGAUGGUCACUCUGACAGAGUUCCUCUGUGGAAAUGGGAGAACCUCCCGAAAGUACAACCAUCUCUGCUUCCACGCCUCAGCCGGCUCGUCAGGCUCCCAUGCCUCAGCCGGCUCAUCAGGCUCCCACGCCUCAGCCGGUCUGUCAUGCUCGACAGGUUCCCCAUGCCUCGGCCGGCCUGUCAGGCAGGAUAGGUUCCCGCGCCUCGACCGGCUCGUCCGGCUCCCAUGCCUCGGCUAGCCCGUCAGGCUCGCCCAGGUGGGACGCCGGGUGGCGUCCCUAGAGGGGGGGUACUGUCACGCCUGCUCCCGCUCCCCCUCCCUGGCGCUCGAGGGCGCCAGGCUGCCCAUCAUUACGCACACCUGUCACCAUCAUUACGCGCAUCUGUGCUUCAUUGGACUCACCUGGACUUCAUCACUGUUUAAUUACCUCCCCUAUAUCUGUCUGUUCCUCAGUUUGAUCUCCGUGUCAGCAUUAAUGUCGUUAUGUUUCCCCUGUCUAGACGCUGUCCAUGUUUUGUUUCAUGUCUGUUUAUAUUAAAUGUUCACUCCCUGUCCCUGCUUCUCGUCUCCCAGCGUCUGUCCUCACAGUCACAUCUGGAGGAAACCUGGCACCAUCCCUACGGUGAAGCAUGGUGGUGGCAGCAUCAUGCUGUGGGGAUGUUUUUCAGCGGCAGGGGCUGGGAGACUAGUCAGGAUUGAGGGAAAGAUGAAUGGAGCAAUGUACAGAGAGAUCCUUGAUGAAAACCUGCUCCAGAGUGCUCAGGACCUCAGACUGGGGCGAAGGUUCAUCUUCCAACAGGACAAUGACCCUAAGUACAUAGCCAAGACAACGUAGGAGUGGCUUCGGGACAAGUCUCUGAAUGUCCUUCAGUUGCCCAGUCAGAGCCCGGACUUGAACCCUAUCGAACAACGCUGGAGAGACCUGAAAAUAACUGUGCAGCGACACUCCCCAUCCAACCUGACAGAGACUGAGAGGAUCUGCAGAUAAGAAUGGGAGAAACUCCCCAAAUACAGGUGUGCCAAGCUUGUAGCGUCAUACCCAAGAAGACUUGAGGCUGUAAUCGCUGCCAAAGGUGCUUCAACAAAGUACUGAGCAAAGGGUCUGAAUACUUAUGUAAAUGUGAUAUUCCGUUUUUUAUUUUUUUAUACAUUUGCUAAAAAUUCUUUAAACCAGUUUUUGCUUUAUCAUUAUGGGGUAUUGUGUGUAAAUUGAUGAGGGGGGAAAACAAUUUAAUCAAUUUUACAAUAAGGUUGUAACGUAACAAAAUGUGGAAAAGGUCAAGGGAUCUGAAUACUUUCCGAAUGCACUGUAUAUACAGAAGUAUAUGGACCCUUCAAAUUAGUGGAUUCGGCUAUUUCAGCCACACCCGUUGCUGACAGGUGUAUAAAACCGAGCACACAGCCAUGCAAUCUCCAAAGACAAACACUGUCAGUAGAAUGGCCCGUACUGAAGAGCUCAGUGACUUUCAACGUGGGACCAUCAUAGGAUGACACCUUUCCAACAAGUCAGUUCAUCUAAUUUCUGCCCUGCUAGAACUGCCCUGGUCAACUGUAAGUGCUGUUAUUGUGAAGUGGAAACGUCUAGGAGCAACAACGGCAAAGUGGUAGGCCACACAAGCUCACAGAACGGGACCACCGAGUGCUGUAGCGCGUAGCGCAUAAAAAUCGUCUGUCCUCAGUUGCAACACUUACUACUGAGUUCCAAACUGCUUCUGGAAGCAACGUCAGAACAAUAACUGUUCGUCGGGAAGCUUCAUGAAAUGGGUUUCCAUGGCCGAGUAGCCGCACACAAGCCUAAGAUCACCAUGCGCAAUGCCAAGCUUCGGCUGGAGUGGUGUAAAGCAUGCCGCCAUUGGACUCUGGAGCAGUGGAAACGCGUUCUCUGGAGUGAUGACUCAUACUUCACCAUCUGGCAAUCUGACGGACGAAUCUGGGUUUGGCGGAUGCCAGGAGAACGUUACCUGCCCGAAUGCAUAGUGCCAACUGUAAAGUUUGGUGGAGGAGGAAUAAUGGUCUGGGGCUGUUUUUUAUGGUUCGGGCUAGGCCCCUUAACGCUACAGCAUACAUUGAUAUUCUAGACAAUUCUGUGCUUCCAACAUUGUGGCAACAGUUUCGGGAAGGCCCUUUCCUGUUUCAGUGUGACAAUUCCCCCGUGCAUAAAGCAAGGUCCAUACAGAAAUGGUUUGUCGAGAUCGGUGUGGAAGAACUUGACUGGCCUGCACAGAGCCCUGACCUCAACCCCAUCGAACACCUUUGGGAUGAAUUGGAACGCCAACUUAAUAUAAACACAUAGAAGGAAUCUUUAAUCUUUUAAGUCAAUUUUAGACAUUUUUCCUUUGCUCUGAGAGCCUUUUCAUCUUGAGGGGGGAGAGAAAGUCUAUUGUUUCUUGAAAGCCUAUCAUUAACAUUAUGUUAAACAAAAGCCAUUUUGCAUAGGGUUGCCUAAGGGGAUGUAGUUAAAGGCGCCAAAAGCAUUAUGUAUUGUCAAAUAAAUAAUGAAUUUGUCAUGUACACGUGAUUAAAUGUAACCACAAGGACUUCUUAAGCCUGUUGUGAAAUUUUUUAUAAACGUUUAUUAUUUCCAACCCUGUUUCCAUCAAAGAGUCACACAAGUGCAUGUCGUUUUACUCACGACUUUUGUUCUAGUUAGCUGAUUGAGGAUUUUAUAAUAAUAAUAUUAAUAAUAAUAAUAGAUUUAAUUUGUAUAGCGCUUUUCAUUAAAGCAAGAAUCUCAAAGACGCUCUUAAAACAACAAAACAUUUCAGUUAGUCUAUUGACAGUUCUGGCUGGAGGAGUUAAGAGUCCUGGUUUCUAGAAAUGGUUCCACACCCAGCUGUCGUAAGUGAGGCAUUAGUAGGAGCCUGUAUAGGAUCUCAGUCUAGCCCUAGCCAGGCAAGGAGAGGUUGGUACUUAAUGUUUACGGUAGAAGCCCUGCUCACAAGAGGGGGAGGUAGCAUGGGCAUUAGACUGAGGAUUGCUCGCUAUUCGGUAAGGCCCUUUGCGCCGAGGCUUAGUCCAGACCCUAGCUGUGACCAGUCUGUUGUCAAGACAGAGAAGCCUUUAUCGGGCCUCUUGGGAUCGGGGACAAGGAAUAACUGACUGCUGUGAUAUAGGCAGGUCGGGGUUGAGUACCGAUUCGCAAGAGGAGCGAUAUAGUAGCUUUAACAAUGUGUGACUUUGAAUAAGUGUCAAGUCACUGUUUCCCCUGUGCAUUUUGCAUGAAAGUUUCACCUCUCAUCUUACUUCUCUUAUCCUUUUACUAAAUCAUCUAUGUCACCCUCUCUCACACAUAGGCCUCUCUGCUGCUAUGACGUUCUCCUGGAGGACAACAGAGAGCUGACCUUCAGAUCCAUCCCCUGUGAGGAGUCCAACUUCUGA